AUGGAAUUUUGUUUUAUACGUGGUUUCCUUUUCGCCGCCUUGACGUCUUGGGCAUUAGCAGACGAUGGACAAUUGACCUUUGUAUCGGAGCUCUCGUCCAAACCAGCUCAGAAAUUGUCAAAGUAUGGUUGGUAUGGUAAUGUGAGGCUGCAGAGGUUUCAUAUACCAGAGGAAACUGCCAUCGCUUGCUGGCUGUUUGUUGUCACCAAGGGCCACACCUUCCAAUGUGGACAGCACAAUGUCACCAUCCAUAUUCAAUAUGGUGCCCCUCCAGUUAUAAAUCCAGUAGGGUCAGUGUUUCCCAAUGCAACGCUAUGGAGCCCCUGUCUGUCUCUGAUCCUACCGGUGACAUCACACAGCUCCACAACCUUUAACCUCUCCAAUCCUGCUCCCGGUGAUUGGUACGUUGGUGCCCACUUGCCUGAAGAUGAUGGGCGCAUAGAGCAGAAGGGCUUUCCGUCCUGCUCGUACUUCUUCCAGCCUCAGCUGUCAGUCAGGAAAGCGGUGGACACACCUAUUUUACAGCAGGGCACAUUCCUCCAGCAGACCGCAGCUUCUGACAGACCUGCACGCCUUAAGUUGUAUGUUCCAGAGUUUGCCUCCUCUCUCUCCGUCUCUGUGGCAGACUGUUCGUCAGGUGAGGGAGCAGACAGCGAAAACUGUUCACUGGUCCUCAGGCUCGGCUCCACCUCUCUGCAGCAGCGCCCAGUAACAGUGAACUGCUCAGGGAUUGGCUGCUCUGCAGCUCUUUACAACCCACCUUGGGAUACCUGGUUACGAGUUGUCGUGGAAAGCAGCCUAGACAACCGUACUGUGACCUUUAGUAUCAUCUCCAACUACACAGUGGGAUGUAAGCCAAAAAGUGUAGGCCUUAAAGUAGAUGAUGACAUCAACAAGCUCCGUGGCAAUAGCAGCGAUACCAACUCAACAUCAGCAGGCAACAGCUCAGCGAUUGGAGACGCAAUUACCUUUGGCAAUGAAUCAGCGUCACUGUUAACACCGUUGUCGGCGUGUGUGUGGAGCAUCCCUGUGCUCUGCGAGGAGGUGGAUGUUCUGUCACUUCGAUUCACUCCUGUCAAUGGACCCAAUGUCAGCGUUACAGAUACACACCCCACGCUGCUCACCUACCCCCUGAACACACAAGCCACCGGUGGUACACUGAACCUACAGCUCACACUCAACACUACUAAUGUAACCCUGGCGAACAGCAGCCGUGUGGUGGCCUGUCUCUCUCCCUGGGCUCCAGUCCUCCAACUCAACCACUCUCAACCCUGUCGCACAGCUUUGUUUGCAGGGUACGGUGUUCAUGUGAAUGCCAGUGUUCCUAAAGCUGUGGUCAGACUGCCUUUUCCCCAGUCAGCAACAUGGUACCUCACCCUGCAGCUUACUUGCAACAGCAGUGACUGUGGUAAUACAUCAUUGGUGUCUGUGGUCCCAGAGGUGUUCCUCAGUGCCUGUGUAGAGGACUGUGGGACAUACGGUGAAUGUAGACUGCUGAGAUCCUACAGCUACCUGUACGCCGCCUGUGUCUGCAAGGCUGGCUGGAGUGGUUGGGGCUGCACUGAUGAUUCGACAGCUCAGUCGUUCUGUCGCCAGUUGACGGCAACUCUGCUGCUCACGCUCAGUAACCUGUCCUUCCUGCCUGCCAUCGUGGUGGCCAUCAAACGCUGCUACAUCACUGAGGCCUCCGUUUACCUCUUCACAAUGUUCUUCUCCACGUUCUACCAUGCAUGUGACCAGCCAGGUGUAGCCGUAAUGUGUAUAAUGGACUACGAUACCCUACAAUACUGUGACUUCCUGGGUUCAAUCUGUUCCAUCUGGGUCACCAUCCUGUGCAUGGCUCGCAUCAGCGACACAUUCAAAUAUACUCUGUUUAUGCUCGGGGCUCUGCUGAUAGCCAUGUCAAUGCAGCUGGACCGCAAAGGCCUGUGGAACCUGCUGGGCCCCGUCCUCUGUGCCAUACUGUUCAUGGUCACUGCCUGGGUGUACCGAGGUGUGCGGCGACGACAUUGUUACCCGCCUUCUUGGAAACGCUGGGUCUUCUUCCUAAUCCCGGGGGCAAUCUUUGCCAUGAUCGGGGUAUGUUUGUACAUUUUUGCCGAGACUGAGGUCAACUACUACUACACACACUCGCUGUGGCACAUCCUGGUGGCCAGCUGCGUGGUGUUCCUGCUGCCGCCGAAAGAGAAGAACAGGGAGGCGUUUGGCUGGAGUAGGGGCGUUAGCUGGGACUGGAGCUGGAGACCCCGGGUUUGUGGGUACACACUCUGUCAGAGCGGCAAGGAUGAACUCUACACUGUCACAUAGUAGGACAGGAGAGGCUGUAAGGAAGCAAAGUGACAAGGCAUUGAUUGUAAAACAGCACUGCAAACAUUUAAUUGAGAUAUAAAGACACGCACAAACACAGGGUGUAUGCUCAUUUUGACAAAAUCUUACAAAAUCUUUAAUGUAGAUCAAAUGUAGACCUAUAUUCUCAUAGGUCUACUAUGUCCAUGUUCACAUUUACAGAUGGUUUGCAAGCUUGCAGACAUCCUGAAAUACACACACACACACACACACACACACACAAAAUUUAACCUAAAUCAAACCUGCUGAAACCUCCCAGGUGGUCCAUUCCACCAGCUUAGGUAUAGUCUAUAUCCUUCACGUUCCACUUCCGGGAUUGCUCCGGUGCUGCAGGAAUUUCCACCGGAUGCAUGUAUUU